CUGUCUGUCGGCGCGUCUGUGGAGUUCAAACGGGAACUCUUUGCUGUACUCUUUUAUAAACUAUUUUAUCCCUUUUUACCCCAUAUAUUAUUAUUAGAGGUGGUAAAACAGUCAUGUCUCGGUUACUGUGUUUGUCACGGGGUCUCAUUUGCACACAUUGUAAAUACAGUGUUAGGAAAUCCGAGCCCUUUGUGUCUUUGUUGACAUCCAGAGUGAAGUUCAGAGAUCAGCUGCUGAAGAGAUUGAUUUCGACAGGCAGAAGACCUGUCAGCACAACCUACAACCACCGACACCCGGUCUUAUGGCUGUUUGGUAUCGGGACAGGUUUUGUUCUGGCUCUAGGGCUGAAAUAUCGUGAUUCUGCGUCUGAACACUGUGAAUGUAACGUACAGAAAACACACCGAGCGCAGACUGUCUCCAAAUACACAGCCGCUAUAGAAACAAGCAGAGACCUGCUGCAGCGGAUAAAGGAUGAAGUUGGAGCUCCUGGGAUGGUUAUUGGAGUCUCGGUGGAUGGCAGUCAUGUAUGGUGUGAAGGGGUUGGCUAUGCAGAUCUGGAAAACAGAGUGCCUUGUGGUCCGGACACAGUGAUGAGAAUCGCCAGCAUCAGUAAACCUCUGACCGCAGCCGCCGUGGCCAGACUUUGGGAAGACGGCAAGAUAGAUCUGGACGCUCCUGUCCAAAAAUAUGUCCCAGAGUUCCCACAGAAGCAAUACGAAGGAGAGAAUGUCACAAUAACGUCCCGGAUGCUCCUGUCCCACUUGAGUGGUAUCCGUCACUAUGAAAAAGAUGCCAAGAAAGUGCGAGAGAACAAGGAGAAAGCCAAGCGCCUUCUGAAACCCACAGAGAAGAAAGAGGAGAAGGGCUCAGAUGAAAACAAAGAAAAGCAGAAAGCAGAGGACAGCAGUGCUAAAAGCAAAGAGGCCAAAGGAAGCAGGAAAAAAGAGUUUGAGCAGGAAGAGUAUUACCUCAAAGACAACUUUGAGAACGUCAUCCAGGCUCUGGACUUAUUCAAAGACGAUCCUCUGAUUUUUAAACCCGGUUCUACGUUCCUGUAUUCGACGCAUGCUUACACCUUGCUGAGUGCUGUAGUGGAGAGAGUGGCAGAUCAGCACUUCCUUGACCAUAUGAUGAAGAUGUUUCGAGAGCUGGGCAUGAUGAACACUGUACCAGAUAAAAACGACCCUAUCAUAUACAACCGCUCCAGGUUCUACCACUUGAAUAAAAAGGGACGUGUUGUUAACUGCCCCUAUGUGGACAAUUCGUACAAAUGGGCUGGAGGUGGAUUUCUGUCCACUGUGGGUGACCUUCUGCAGUUCGGUAACACUCUGCUCUACAGCUAUCAGAUGGCUGAACUGAAGAACACAGACGGGCUGCUUCCUGGCUUCCUCAGACCCCACACGGCCGAAGCCAUAUGGACACCGGUGGACAAAACGGAGGCGUCGUGGGACAAAGACGGACUGUACGCCCAGGGCUGGCUGGUGGUGGAGAAACAGCAGAAAUAUGGGCAGUGCCGCAGCCGCAGGCACUACGUCUCACACACAGGGGGCGCUGUGGGGGCCAGUAGCGUCCUGCUGGUGUUACCCAGAGAGAGCGGACACAGUGCCAGUCAGACACGGCGUCCUCCACAGGGGGUGGUGGUGACCAUCAUCACAAACAUGCAGUCAGUGGGGCUCAACAGCACUGCGCUGAAGAUCGCACAGGAGUUCGACAAGGCCACGGAUGAAGAAAUUUCAUAAACACACUGCUGUGAUUCUUUUGUAGGCAUCUUUUGUAGAGAUUCGUGCUGACGCUUGGUUGUUUACGGUGCCGAGGUGUGUUCAUGUCCUCAGUUUUAAUUCAACAUUUGUGCCAAAUGCUCAUUUUGAUAGAUUUUAUACAUAUAGGAGCAGUCUAAUAUGUUGAAGAAAUAAAAAUGUAUUAUGGAAACCU